AAAAUCAUUAUGCAGCCGUAUAAGUGCAAACGAGAGAACGAUAUGCUGUGUUUCUGUUGCUCAGGAAAAUAUUUCUGACACGUCUGUGUAUCUGACAAGUGUUGCAUAUAAGUCAUUUUAUCACCUUAUUUGCGGUAGAAGUAACAGUUUGAGCGUCACCGUUACUAGGAACUGAACGACGUUUUCGCUUUCACUUUCAUCCCCGAUUGUAACGGGCCACUCCCGCCGGCCGGUCGCAGCAGAAAGUCGAACGCGCCUAAUAUCUAACUUAAUCUGCCAUUGGAUGUACCAUGACCGCCGUAUAUAAUUAUAUAGCCUGCUGCAUGGAUUACAAAGGUCAGGUUUUACAGGUUGCUUAAAGCACCAGCACGUCAAGGAGUCUGUUUUAGUACAUAGUGCGCUGCUCGCUUAUCACCUAUGCAAGGUUUCGUGCGAUAGGUUGCUGUUUUUUUCUUACAACUGCAUUUAUACAUUUUUAGCUUUUCUCUAAACAGUUCAACAAAGCAGCAAUCAUGAACUCUUGUUCUGGGCGAGAAAAUGCCAAAGUUGUAAUUGUAGGCUCGGGUUUCGCAGGGUUGGCCGCUGCGGCUACGUUGGUGAAGGCAGGAUUCGUAAAUGUCUUGGUUCUUGAGGCGAAGGAAAGAAUUGGAGGUCGAGUGCACACCACUAAACCCUUCAUCGAGAACAUCAUUGAAGUUGGAGCGAAUUGGAUCCAUGGCAGGAAAGGAAACCCCCUGUACAAGAUUUCAGCGCGGGAGAACCUGCUAUGCGAGGGACCUUCUGCUAACAAAAACAUGUGCCUGCCCCGUUCUAUAACCUCUCAAGAUUACUUUUUCAAAGAAGAUGGGAAGCUGGUGUCCACAAAGCUUGUAGAUCAGGUGUGUUUGCACUUCAACAAGCUCACCGACAAAGCUUUUGAUGACGAACUUAACCACAAACACAAAAAACUAAGUCUGGGUGCUUAUCUAGAUGAUGCCAUUAGUGAAUUUUCUCCAGCGAUGACAGAAGAUGGCCAACUGGUUUUUGAAUGGUGCAAGAGGAUUGAAUGCACAGACGAGGCUUGCUCUAGUCUCUAUGAAGUGUCUGCAUCUCAGAUUAGCUAUUACACUGCCUUAGAGGGAGGAUUCUUUAACACUUUGGGACCCGGUGGCUACCAAGCAAUCUUAGAUGUCCUCAUGAGAGAUAUACCUGCAGGAACCAUCCAGUGUAGUUCACCUGUCAAGAGCAUCCGAUGGGAUUUAGUCAGGAAAGGUCAUUGUGAAGACCAAAGGCAUCCUGUUCAGGUUGUUUGUGAAAAUGGAAAAAGCUUUGACGCAGACCAUGUGAUUGUCACAGUUUCUCUGGGGGUUCUCAAAGACAAAGCCUCAACCAUGUUUGAACCAUCCUUACCGCCAACAAAGCUGUCUGCGAUUAAGAAUCUCGGUUUUGGGAUAGUAGAUAAAAUUUUCUUGUUUUUUGAGAAGAAAUUCUGGCCAGAUGAUUGUGCCGGGGUGCAGAUGGUGUGGAAAGAGGGGCCAGAGAAUAAAGACGUUUAUGAAUCUCUAUCUGAAGGAGACACCUGGAAAAAGACGUGGUUCAAGAAGAUCACCGGUUUUGAUACAGUGGCCCGUCAUCCCACGGCUCUGUGUGGCUGGAUCACAGGUAGAGAAGCACUGUAUAUGGAGAAUCUUCUGGAUAGUGAAGUAGGAGAUAUCUGUGCAAGGUUGCUCAGGUCUUUCACAGGCUGGUCAGUGCCAGAGGUCUCAAAGACGCUGAUCUCCAGAUGGGGUUCUGACUCUCACGUCCGUGGAUCCUACACAUUUGUUCCUGAUGGUGUUGAUGGAGUAAAAGCACACAAGGCAUUAGCAUCACCUCUUCCACCUAAACAGAAAUGCAGAGGGAAGAAGCACCUUCAGGUGUUGUUUGCUGGUGAAGCUACACACGUGAACUUCUACACCACGACCCACGGAGCGUAUCUCUCAGGGGUCAGAGAAGCAGAACGACUGAAAAGCUUUUACACCAAUUAAGCAUACAGUCCCAAAGAGAGGAAAACAUACACUUUGUUUCAUAGUUAUAACAUUUAAGAAUUUUACAUUUUGUAAUUGCUCACACCCUAGUCUUACACAAAACUCAUUUUAUACCCAUAGGUCGUUUACAGCUGCCUAGUAAACAUCAUUAACUGUGAGCGUUUAGCUACGUCAAGCUGGUCAUGGUACGAUUCAUAUCUCUGUCUUGUUAAUUGUUAAACAUCUCUGUGGUGUGCGUGUAGUGCCGACGGAGAAAUAUUCUUUCCCAAUCUGCAAGGAAAGUUAAAUCAUAUUUUCUUAAAAUGAAAUACAUUUGCAUACUUUUAAGUAAAUUAGAGCAGACGAGUUUUUAAUCUGUGAUACAGUGCCCUCAGGUGGCAUGCAGCGUCACACAUAACAAUGUCAUAUUUAUAGCGUUCACACUGUAAUGACACAGAGCCUUGGUUUAAAUGAAUUGUUCAGCCGGGAAUAUUAACGUUGCUGUCUUUACACUGUGACUAGGUGGAUGUAGGCCUGUAUAGUGUUCCUUCAUCUCGCUUCAUUGGGUAGCAAAACAUUUUAUUAUCAUGCAGCCUUGAGAGAAGGUCGUGCUGCAUAGUCUACUAUUGCAAAUCUUCAUCUGCCAUUGGAUGCCCCACCCAAUUAUGUAAAUAUAUUGUAUGGACCACAGAGGUCAGGUUUUACAGCUUUCAAAGCAUGGGUACAUAAAGGGUACAUAUUUGUAUUUGUUCAUUUAAAUUAAUAAAACUCUAACA